ACAAAUCAGAUCAAACUCAUCAAAUUUCCCUUUUCACCUUCUUCCGAUGGCGACCCCCUCUUUCCUCUCCAGCUUGAAAUACUCCGACAGUCUCACAGUCGUCGGAAUCUCAAUCUGCACCGCCAUAAUCUGCGAAGCCAUCUCAUGGGUCCUCAUCUACCGAACCAACUCCUACAAGUCCCUCCGAUCCUCCAUAGACAAGGCCGCCAAGAAGCUCGAGACCAUGAAGACCGAAUCCACCGCCAAAAUCACCAAAAAGUCCAAGACCAAGAAGAUCGAUCGCGUCGAGACCAGCCUCAAGGAGUCCAGCCGCGACCUCUCGCUCUUCAAGUUCAAGUCCGGCGCCGUCGUCGCCCUCGUUCUCUUCGUCGUCUUCGGCCUCCUCAACUCCCUCUUCGAAGGGAAGGCGGUGGCGAAAUUACCGUUUAAGCCCUUCGGGUUGGUGAUGAAGAUGAGCCACAGAGGGUUGCAGGGGGACGAUCCGACGGAUUGUUCGAUGGCAUUUUUGUACUUUCUCUGCUCCAUCAGUAUUCGGACCAAUUUGCAGAAGUUCUUGGGCUUCUCGCCGCCCCGGGGUGCCAGUUCCGGGUUGUUCCCCAUGCCCGACCCGAAAACCAAUUGAUGGAUCCCACUGCAGGCUGGUUUGUUCUGAAUUUUAGCUUUGGUCAGUGUUAGGCUAUUAUUGGUGUUGUUAUUGUUCUGAUAUUCUAGCGACGAUUUCGGUCUAAUUGGGUCUCUACAAAAGAGACUUGACUUUUACUUGUUUGUUACUCAUUUUGAUUUGUUAGUGAAUGGCUUACUUUCUGAAUA